AUGAAGAUUCUGCUGCUGAGUCUUGUCUUUGGUCUGGUGUGUGCUGACCAGGAACCUCCAUCUGAGGAAGCUCUCUCAAAGAUUACAGGAGAAUGGCACACCAUUCACAUAGCAUCCGAUGACGUGGACAAGACACAUGAAAAUGGCCCAUUAAGGGGUCAUAUCCAUAGGACUGAAUGCAGCAACAACUGCGAAACAACCUACAUUACUUUUUAUACCAAAUGGAAUCCCGCCAAAGGAAGUAGUCUCAGUGAAGAAGAAUUCAACAAGUUCGAGGAACUGACCAAAGACAAACGUGUCCCAACGGAAAACACAGAAGAUGUCAUUGCAACAGGUAAAGUCCCAGAGGCCAACGUGUGUCCGAGAUGA